UGGAAGAAAAAGGAAGUGAAUGGUUUCCUGUCUAAUUAGGUAUAUAGUCUACCACAGAGACAUUAAUGUGGCAGUUUCCUUGUUUUUGCUGUGCAAGUUUGCAGUUGUUGUCCAAGUCCACCAAGUCUUAUCAAAUUCUGACACUGAACUAGAUCUGAUCUACUGCUGAGUGAUUCAACACAGCAUGCCGAUCAGUGCUGAUCAGUGGAGAGUGGUGAUUGGCUGCAACAAUGUCAGGAGGCAUCGUCAAAUUGAUUUGAAACAAUUCUGCUUGGAAAAGAUGAUUUUGGGGGGAAGCAGUAUACAGUUGGAUCUAUCCGAUCUAUCUCAGCUGGACGCAGUGGUGCAAGAAGUACGGAAAGAUGCUGAAACAAGCCAUUCUGCGACACUUAAUGAUUUUAUCUUGGAUGAUUCCCUCGACGAAUUAUCGAUGAUAUUGAUGACUGUAUGUUGUCACAUAUUAUGUGUCGAGGUGCUUCAAUGCUUCCUAUCCAUGGUCAAGUUGCAACUCCUUCAAUUGGCUGGAGAUGUGGAAACAAAUCCUGGUCCUGAGACCCCUGAGUACAGGACAAUGGUAUCGUGCAUCAAGGAGUUGACUGAUACAACUGCUCGUGGUGUCUCUGGAAUCAGUGAUGUUUUAUUCGCGAGAUCGCUUAUGUCAGAUGAGAUUCAUCGAAAAAUGAUGGACACUUAUCUAGAAGACCAUAAAAAAGCUUCGAUACUGAUUAAAGACGUCUCUGGUCAAAUCAAGUUGAAUCCUGAAAAAUUCCUCGUCUUUGUUGAUGUCUUAAAGGAAGAUGGUCCAUGGACCAAUGACAUAGUCUCUCAUGUCUUAAAAGAGUACAACAGUAUAAAAGCAUCAGCUCCACCUCCAUCACAUACAAGCACACUGAGUCAUAGCGCUGACGUAAGCAGCCGUGUCAGUGAUGUCGAUAAAAUCGCCCGACUCCAUCGUGUAGAUCUUAUCGUACUUGAUCAGCAAUGCACAGAUUCUCGUAUUCUUCCAAUAUCCAAGUGCAUAGUUCCUUGGAACGCUUAUGGCCGAUACCUUGGUUUAAGUCCACAGCAAAUACGUGCUAUUGACACAGAUCGUCUGCUCUCUUUACCGCAUUCCAAAGCUGAAGAAAUGCUUCUUCAAUGGAAGAAAAUGUGUCAUGCUCAGACAGCAAUGAAAUGUACCUAUCGCUACUUGCUUCAGGGAUGCAUUAGUGUAGAAGGCAAUCUUCGCCUUGUAGGUGAAAUAUGCGAUAUCAUUGCUGAUCCCUCAUAUGACAAAGCUGGCAGUGAUCAUGUUGUCCCCGGAAUCUGCCCAAGCCCUUACAAACAAGCUGAUAAACCACAACCUGUAAAGGCUGAUGAACCAAGCCUAGAGAGAGCAAGAGAAACAGAACCAAAGCCAUCCAAGGAGGACGAACUGCCUAACGAUGUGCCAAAAGCAUUCUGUGAACUACCUCCUACUACGGUAAAGACUCAGUAUUCAGAGGAAAGUGAUGCUCGUGCUCGUGCUCAAGUGGCUACAGGCAAACUGUGGCCAAUCAAUCACGGUAAAGAUGUACUUCGUUUUUACAUCAUUAACCCAGAUGAUCUGGCCAGAGUUGGUCUCAAUGCUGACAACAUAAAGUCAUGGGCUGAGAAGUGGGACCAGCACACAUAUAGCAAUGAGAUUCCAAAAUUACGACCUUCUGGACAUUCCAAUUCGGACAUCAGGAUCAAAAUUAAUCCAAAUGGUGAAUCUUGGUCUGCGGUUGGAGUUGAUGCUGAAUUGGUUGAUAAAUCCAAACCUACCAUGGUUCUUGGGUUUGUCAAAGGUCGUAGUGACUACAAUCAACACAUCGCGAUCCAUGAAUUUGGGCAUGCAUUGGGCAUGGAGCAUGAGCACCAGAGAUCAAUUUUCUGGUCAGUAGCGAAGAAGUUUAUUGAUGUUGACAAAAUGAAAAAAGAUGAGAGAUUAAAGAACACAGAUAUUCAUUACUUGGAAAGUUUGCAGUGUGGUGACGGCUCUGACAAGUACGACCCUGACAGUGUCAUGCACUAUUGGUUCGACAAAGAAUGGCUGAAGUCGGCUGAACAUAGGGAUAAAAAUAAAGUGAAUAGUGACAGAAUUUUGAGUGACGAAGAGAGGAAAGUCAUUCUAGGUAUCCACACGCGUGAUAACAUCCUUGCAGUUUGCCCGUCUCCAACAGAUUUUUCCUUUUUGGCAGGGUGCUACAGGAAAAAAAUCGAUCCGAUUGGGCGUGAUCAGAAUGGAACAUUACACCGAAGUGGAGAUCAACAAGAAAACAUACAACCACAAUUAAUAGUACCACCUCCUUCAACAAAUCAAGCUACUGGCUUUCCCAGUCUUCAACGAGAUAUGAUAAGCAAAGGCCGUGCUAGGAGUCCCUCACUCGAUCUCAACAUGUCAAGCUGCCACGCUAAAAUUGGCAAAUCUACCGUUGCCACCGAGAUUGGCAGCGUUAUCAAUAGAGUUUCUGAUUUGGCAACUAAAAUCGGAAAAACUGAUGCAAGAGAUCAACUGCAAGAAGUAUCUCUUAAUCUCGGUUCUUCUGUUACAAAAGUUGGGGUUAUAGGAGCAAGUAACUCCGGGAAGAGCACAACACUAAAUGCACUUAUUGGGGAUAAAUUUCUACCUGCAUCAUCAGGGGGUACAACAGCACACAUUCUUUGUAUCAAGCAUAAUCCUGAAUUUCUAAACGGUAAACUUUUGGAUCCUGAAGAGAGGGAACUUGCAAAGGAGAGGAGAAGCAUUUUUGAGGAACUUAAACGAGUUAAUAAAACACAGCGUAAAAGUUCCCAGGAACUUAAACGAGUUAAUAAAAUACAGCGUAAAAGUUCCCAAUUAAGCACCGCCAGCGAUUCUGGUGCUAUAUUUGAAUUGCAGGUUUUAAUCCCUUUCUUGAGUAAACAUCCUGACAUCAAUCUUGAGCUUUAUGAUACACCAGGCACUUCCGAAGGUAAACAAUCCCAAAUUUACCUCGAUACUAUACAAACUAUUGAGCAAAUGGAAGGUCUUCUUCUAAUACUAAGCCAGGAUACAGUACUGCUUGACCCAACAACUCAACUGGUCCAGAACCUACGAGAAAAAUAUCCACUGCUGAUGGAUCCAAAACAGCCAAGAAUUCUAGUUCUCGUGAACAAAUAUGACCUAUUCUUCGAUGACAUUGAUGAAGAUGAGGACAAUGAGACCAUAGAAGAGAAACGUCUAGAUAUUAGUGGAAGAACUGGGUUUCCUCUACAAAAUAUCGUUUUCUAUAGUGCUAAACUUGCCCUCACAGCAAGAAAGUGGAGAGCUGACAUUGCAUCAGUUGAUGAAACACAAUUUGAUGAAACAAAAGUUGCUGUUCGAAAAUUGAAGAAAGAAGAAGUAACUGAGCUACUGAAAAAAACAGAUUUAACAUUUGAGCAGAAAAUCAAGAAAAUGAGUGAUAUUGCCACGAGUGGAAGUCUUAUCGAAGAAGUGGAGAAAUCAAUCGUAAAGUCCUGUUCAAUGUUUAAGCCAUUAAAAGCUAUAGAUGACACGUUGAACAUUAUAUGCAAGCUACUUGAGGAUGUGCAGCAAGAAAGAGAAAGAAAAAGGUCCGAUUCUGAAAAGCAAGAGGCGGCAGGGUGGUCAGAGGAUUUGGAACAACUAAAAUUAAAACUCAAGUCAUUUUCAAAUGACUUUUAAAAGUGACAGUUAGUUAUUAUUUUGUAGCUAUAGUGUAUAAAUUAUUUUUGUAGAAAGAUUUCUAGCUGGAUCAGUCAGAGGAUUUGGAAAAACUAACGAGUGCUCUUCAAAUACGUAACAAUGUACAUAAUUAUAAUUAUAGUGUGCAUAAAUAAUUUUUGUAUAGAUUUCUAGCUGGAUCAACUAAAAUUUGAGUGCUAUUUUUGUAUAAGAUUUCUAGCUACCGGUAGUAAGACAGUCAUACGUUGCAUAGUGCAUACUGUAUUACUAGAGUUUUUGAACAUAAAUAAAAUUGCAAAACCUAAAAGUUAGUACUGGUAGUAAUGACACCUGAUCCCUGCCAAAACACAAUAGUUAGAUCGCGAAGACUCAAAUUUUCUGCUGAUUUGGCUCAUUUGCAAAGGUGUUUUAUCCGCAAUGUCAAGUAUUAUCCCUCGUGCGGCUACGCCUCAAGGCAUAAUAACUUUUUACUAUAAGGACCUUAUUAUGACAUAUCACUAUGGGGAAUGAAUCUUUGUAUCAAGCCAUAAUCCUGAAUUUCCAAACGGUAAACUUUUGGAUCCAGAAGAGAGGGAACUUGCAAAGGAGAAGAGAAGCAUUUUUGAGGAACUUAAACGAGUUAAUAAAACACAGCGUAAAAUUGUCAGUAUCAACAACCCAAGUCACUAUCUACAUGUAUACCACGGGGCAAGAACAGUCAAAGUGUCUAAGUCACCUUCAUAGAAAAUACAGCACCCCGACGCUGAUGCUAUGAGACUGAGAGUGGACAAAUCGACAGCAAUUGGUAGUUAGUAGUGGCCUAAGUAGCCACUUGAAAUGUACAAUAGCGACAAUUAAGUCACUGUAUAAAGCUGCCAAUGGUUGAAUAUUGGGUGUUCUGCCUAUCACCUUAUCCAAUGACCUAGACAAGAUAUGUAUAUUACUCAUGCAAGUGGGAUGUACAGGUAAUACAACUCGAGCCCGAGGGCAAGAGUUGUAUUCGCAGUACAGCACGAGGGCAUGACGUAAUAACCUAACUUAUUGCUGAUUAAUGGAUCUGCAGGAUUCUACCCGACUGCAUUUAGAUUCGCCACGCACCAAUGCACUCCAGUUUAUGCAAGCUAAUAGAGUGCUGGGUGGUGCUUUACACAUCCAAACACCCACGGGGUGUGUCAUGUCCGUUCACAUCCUGACACGGGUUCGUUCACAAGCCUGAAACGAACCCGUGGCUGUGUAGGUUAAAUCGGUUAUGCAUCCUGCAUGGGUAAUAUCAAUAUCAUCCAAGACAAGAGUAGCUUAUCUACUCUUGUCCAGGUAUAUUGACCACAUGAUAUCACCCAGGCAUGUGCUGUAUAUGUACAUUGUAUUUACAGCACAGUAGUACAAUCCUUGCCACAAUGAGCAAUAACACUGCACUAUGGCGUGUAAUUUGAGUCAGUAUUGUGCCGGUAAUAUUGCCAAGGCAAAAAAGUUUUACCGGUACAUUUGCCGCGGCAAUAUUUUUACCGGGACAAUUGCCGCGGCAAAACUGUUUGGCUCGGUAAAUACCGGGACGAUUGCCCCGGCAAAAAGCAAAAUUUUGUGGAUGGGUAAAUACCGCGGCAAAAAGUUUACUGAGCCAUUUGCCGCGGCAAAAACAUUUACCGGGCCGUUUGCCGCGGCAAAAAUAUUUACCAGGCCAAAUCUAAUCAUCACGUGAUGUGCACCUGAUCUGCCUCGUGGUAUAUUAAAGUUUUAUGGAUGUAGCUAGCUGUACGUACGUGUAGUGAUCUUGUAUUUACCAUCUUUAGAGAGUGUUGGCAAGCUAUUAAUAAGUCAAGAAAGAGAGCCCCUCUGUCACUCCCACAAGAGCUGGUGAUGCUAUGAAGACCAGGCUGGAAAUUGAAGACUUUCUGUCUGCUAAAGAGUUGUACUUCCCCAUUGUUUUCCUGCCCCCCCCCAUUAAUCCUGAUUUGGUGCACAGUUUUUGUUGUUCACUUUUAUAAAACAAAGAAACAAUUAUGAGUAUAAAUCAAUACACUUGUUAAACACAGCUUCCUUCGUGUCACAAAGAUGAAUGUUCUAUUUCAGAGA